UCGAAUAUCGUUCAUCCUUCUUCAACUUCUUGACAUCUAUUUCAACGACGCGCAUGGCUGUCAUUCCACCAAGGCUCAUUCUGUAGAUUCGGUUGUAGAAAAUCACAUUCGGAGAUUGAAAACAAUUUGUUAUCCGUCUGUCAGAAGUGCACUAUUAGAGAGCCGAAUUUCUGUUGAUACGCACGAUCGCGCGACGUUGGAACGUGUUGUGAAUUAGUCAUUAAUUGUGCCCUUAGCGCGUACAGUUGGCCGCGCGCGAGUUGCCGGAGCAAUUUGUGAAAUAAACGUGUGGCAGAGUUCAAGUAUCUCAUUAUGUGCGCGAAAAUGGCCUUUCAGCAUCAGCCGGGCACUGCGAUGGAGUGCCUAAGCAUACCAAUCACAUUACACAAGGAAACAGAAAUUAACGAGAAUGGUGAAGAAGUAAUGAAAUGUGGCUUCAAAAUAGGCGGUGGGAUUGAUCAAGACUUUACAAAGAGUCCUCAAGGCUACACGGACAAUGGUAUAUAUGUGACAGAAGUACAUGAAGGAUCACCAGCAGCAAAAAGCGGUCUUAGAAUGCAUGACAAAAUCUUACAAUGUAACGGAUAUGAUUUCACGAUGGUCACUCAUAAGAAAGCUGUUUCUUAUAUAAGAAAACAUCCAGUAUUAAACCUUUUAGUAGCCCGUAAAGGUGUCACCAGUACUUAAGGUAUACCAAAAGAAAUUCUGUUCUUUGAGAGAUAUUUAUUUCAUAUACCAUUUCUUUUGGACAAGAUUUGCCUAUUCAAUCUAUUGUUUGCCAAAUAUUAUUACAGUAAAUAAUAGCAACUCCUAUCUAAUAAUUAACAUAUAUUGAAGUUAGUUCAGUAUGAAAUAUUAUCAAAUGAUAUAACUGAGACAAAUUGAAAUAGUUUCUCUAUUUGUCUCAUAACUAUAAUGAGUAAAAGUCACUACUUCAAACUGACUAUAAAGAUCUGUCAAUAUCUUUAUAGUGCAGUAUGAAGGAGUCUAAAAAGAGAGAUGCCAAAGCAUAAUUGCAAAGUUGCAUUAACUUGCAUAUAUCUUUAACUAUGAAGAUAUGGGUUGUUGACAUUCUUAUUUUUUCAAUGAGGAUACUGUGAGAAACUAGUAUCUGUCUAAUUUAAUUUUUUUGAUGCAUUUAUACAUUACAUCUAUAAUAAGAAAAAAAAUUGUCCCAUAGCUUUAUAGUCAAAGCCCGAUACAUAAUAGGCAACAUCAACUUUUAUAACUAUAUAAUUUUUAAGUUCAAUUGUAGCAAAAAAAGAGGUUUGGUGGUUUUAUGAGGAAUGAUAGUUGAAAAUUUCGAAAAUUUCAAAAUAUUUAUACAUCUUGUUCUAAAAGAGAGAAUUAUUAAAAUAUAACAUUUGUUAAAAAAGUUUUUGUAAUAUCUAUGAAUAGUAGUUAUUAGUUAUUUUGAUAUAAUACUUAUAUUUUUAUUAUUAUCACUAUUGUGAUAAAUUAAUCUAAUUAAUCUAUCUUGCGACUAUAAUGUUUUAUAUCUAAAAUUGAACUGGUUAAAAAGCAACAAUUGGAACAUUCCAAACUAUCUCUCUAAUACAUUUUCAAUGUGUAAUAUAUUAUUUAAUAUGAAUAAUCUUCUGAUUAGAGAUUAAGUUUGUCUGCAAGGUAAUAUUGCACAUACUCACCUAACAUAGUCUCAUCUAUUAAAAGAUAUUGGAAGAUAUCUUGUAAAGAGCGAUGAAAAUAAUAUAUUCAUAUAUGAUUUAUCCUAACUUUUUAUCAGAACACACAAAUGAAGAUAUAUAUAAUUUAUUAUUAUACAAAUAUUAUUAUGUAUAAACUGAUUGUACUUUCAAACAUUUCUUUAGGAUCAAAUUAGAUAGGGAAUAUACUGAAAAAAUCUACAAAUGUAUAAGGUUUUUCUUAAUUCACAUCUUGUUACAUUGUACUUCUUACAGAUUUUUAGUCAGUAAUUAUGCUACGAAUAGUAGAUACAUUAUACAGCAAUAUAAAGCAAUUUUUGUACUUCGUCUCUUUGUUUUUAUCCAAAGGGCGAAUUUUUUAUAUAUUUUGUAACCUUUUAUACUUACUAUAGAAGAUAUAAAAAUAAUUUUUUAUUUUAUCUCAUAUAUAUAUAUUUUAAAAGUACGAUAAUCACACGGAAAAAAUUGAGAGUUCCUGCAUGAUUUAUGUAAAGAUAUAUACCUCUUGGAAACUGUGUGUUACAUAUGUAUAUACCCUAGUCUAAUAAUGUCAAAAAUACAGAAAUGUUUCAUGUUGGUAUAUAUACAAUAUGUGCAUAAAAUGUGCGGGUUACAGAGCAAAUAUCCCCUAUGCUGUAUGAAUUGUAGAAUACAGUUGUUAUAAAAAAAAACCAAAGAAAUUGUUAAAACUA